UUGUGAAAACAAACAAAAUUGACAACAGGGUUGCACGAACUAUUUGGUAGCAUUGAUAUAUGUAAUGAAUACUCAUGAAACGAACUAUGAGAGUUGAUUUCAUUUGAUAUAAAUGUGUCAACACAAAACGAAUAAUAAUUUAGUUAACGCAAAUUAAUGAAGCUUAGUCAAUUUUCCAUAAACUCCUUUUGUUUUAAUUCAAAAUCGUACUCUUAAUUGAAUAACAAAGAAGUUUUUGAAAUCUCUUCCCCAACUGAACUCACCUUUUCACAUUUCCCCACACAAGAUAAUUGAACACACCCAAACUGCCAUAUUUUCCACCUUCACAAUUUGUUAAUAAAAAAGCCGAGUUUUGCAUAGAUUUUAAGCUUUCCCUGCAGAAAAGUGAAAAAAAUUGGAAUAAUAUUAUGUCUAGACAAGCUUCACGUUUCGAUGCUAAAAAAGUGUAAUUAAAUGAGAAGCCAAAAUUGAUUUUACGUCCCAAGCUAGCAAUAAAGUUGCAUGGAUAUAAAUAACAUCUCGUCUAUCAUUAAACAACAGAAGCCCACUGGAGCUGUCACUGUUGUCACUCAAAACAAGAAAAACUUGCAAGACCAGCAAAAAAUACAAUUGAUCCCUAUGAUGACCGCAGGUGGGACGCAAAUUAUUAUCGGGCAAUUGCCACAACAGCAGCCACAGGCUACAGGAACGUCGCAAGCCACGACAACCGGACUUAUACCCCUUCAGGCAAAUCAAAUUAUGUUGCAACAGCCCCAACAAACAGCACAGCCAAUGCAGCUACUUCAAUUGCCCGAUGGUCAAACACUAUUUUAUCAACCAGCAGCAACAUCAUUGACCCUUGAUCCAAAUGCGACAACUGCACAAGCUACGCCACAGCCGCAACUUAUUAACAUAAACGGCCAAUUAAUGCAAAUAGCGACAACUCACCCGCAGGGCACUACUAAUAAUAAUACUGUAGGCCAGCAAAUUAUUAUGGUCCCACAAGCUGGUACCACAACUGUGACUGUUCCGCAAACUGCCACAUCGGUAUCAGCACAGCAAACAACUUCUGCCUCUGCCGCAAAUACCAAUACAAAUGAUGUGCAAGCGGAAGAUGACUCUAGUAAGGGAGAAUCUGAAGAGGAGCCUCUUUAUGUUAACGCAAAACAGUACAAACGGAUACUGAUAAGGCGACAAGCUCGAGCUAAACUUGAAUCUCGUAUACCGAAGGAACGCUCUAAAUAUUUGCACGAAUCGCGUCACCGUCAUGCAAUGAAUCGCGUACGAGGCGAGGGUGGACGAUUCCAUUCGGCCCAAAUAAAGAGUGACUUAGGUGGAUCUGGUUCUGGUAAUUGCGAAUCACAAAUGCAAUCUGUGCCGACACGUGCAACUAUACGUGCCCCACCAAAGUUAAUCGCACCACAUCAAACUCCAAUUCCAGCACCUACCCCUAGUAUAACCAUCACUCCAAUAAAGUAAAAACAUGGGCAGCACAAAACCAAUUAUACCAGUUAAAAAACUUUAGUUUUAGAAAUACAUAUAUUGAGAUUAGGAUCUACUUUAAUAAUGAUUUGUAUGUAAAAUAAGUAUGUAUGUACCUAGAUGACGACUAUCCGCUAUCCAUAUUACGCGCCGUUAGUACUACUAAUAUUUUAUUAUCUGCAGAAUGCUGAGUUCUUAACGCUCACCUAUGGUGCGCUUGUAACUCAAAUGCUGCGAGAUUUCGAGAAUGUUGAAGAUGUAAAUAAACAACUUGAACGUAUAGGCUAUAAUAUGGGCAUGCGUCUAAUAGAAGAUUUCUUGGCACGAACAUCAGCACCUCGCUGCUUAGAAAUGCGCGAAACAGCGGAUCGCAUACAACAGGCGUUUCGCAUGUACUUAAAUGUGCAACCGACUAUUUCUAACUGGUCUGCAUCUUCGGAUGAGUUUUCGUUAGUUUUUGAAACAAAUCCUCUAACGGAAUUCGUUGAAUUGCCCCAGGAUUUGACCAACUUGCGUUACAGUUCCAUACUCAGUGGCUGCAUACGCGGUGCAUUGGAGAUGGUGCAACUGGACGUGCAGUGCUGGUUUGUUCAGGUAUAUGACGGAUGGUAUAGAUGACAUUCAUUCAUACACACAAUUUAAUUUAAGGCAAUGUAAAACAAAAAAAUAUUAAAUUAAUAAUUAAUUUCAAUAUUUGAGAUGAUGUUUAAAAUAAUUAAAGAAUGUUAGAUGCAUGCAUACCCUUGCUUGCAACUUUAAAGCUAAAAGCUAAUUUUUAAGCUAAAUCUUUAAUUUAAAUAUCACCUUUUACUCUUGUUCACGACAGGAUCAACUAAAGGGUGACAAUGUGACAGAGCUUCGAAUUAAGUUUGUACGCCGCCUGGAAGAUGCUAUACCUGCUGGUGAGGACUAAAAGAAACG